GUAGACGUGUCAUGGGUGUAAUAGGUCGUAUCAGUAAAAUUCCAACACAAAUUUCCAAAACCCCUUUUUACCGGCCUAAAGAAAAAACCCUGGCUCCAUGUUCGCAUUGAUCCACAGAUUGUUCCGCUGCUUGCCGCUUCCAAGGAUCCGAUAGCAGCUUUAUUUAGGAUCAAUAUGGGAGGAAAGAAGCCGUUGAUUGGGCUCUCAUGGGAGCCAAAGUUGCCGCCUUUGCCAUCUUGGAGUAAAAUUAGCAACACCAAGUCCAAAGACCCACCUGAGAGCAGUGCACUGUGGAAACCCAAUAAGGAGCUUGUUGACGGGCUGUUUGUACCGCCCAACGAUCCUGAAAAGGUUAACAAGUUACUCAGAAGUCAAGCCAAGGAUACCCUUGGCAAAGAUUGGUUUGAUAUGCCUGCCCCUACUAUGACGCCUGAAUUGAAAAAAGAUCUCCAGCUACUUAAGCUGAGGGGUGCUCUUGAUCCAAAGAGACACUACAAAAAGGGUGAUUCAAAAUCAAAAACGCUGCCCAAGUAUUUCCAGGUUGGCACAGUUGUACAGUCAUCAACAGACUUCUAUUCAGGUAGGCUAACUAAAAAGGAGAGGAAGGCAACCAUUGCAGAUGAGGUGCUUUCUGAUCGUAAUCUCGCAGCUUACAGGAAGCGUAAGGUCCGAGAGAUAGAAGAACAAAACCGUCCUGCUGGAAAUGAAAAGUGGAAGAUAAAGGGUCGACAGUCUAGGAAGCGAGCCAAAGAAAGAAGGCACUAAUAUUUUUCAUCGCACAGCCUCAUGGUCGACAGUCUAGAAAGAGCCAAAGAGUGAAAGCGAAUGCGUUGGAUCCGUAGCAACGUCUGGCCCGGGAGAUAUAGAAGGGGAAAUUUGUUGUUCAGCUGCUUCAAAUUUUAUUUUAUACAUACAUCUCUAACCAGGACUGUUAUAAAAAAUUCAAAAGCUUUUCGGUUAUUAUCAUGGGUAGUCAUCAUUUGAUGAACAAGACGAUUCUGAUUAAUCAUGAGCUCUGGAUGCAAAUAUAACAGGUUUAUGUGCU